UCGCGCGCUCCGUGACGUGCUUUAUUUUGCGUGCGGCAGCAGCUUCAGCUGACACGGAGAGGAGGACCGCGGCGUUAUUGUUGUUUCAUUUGUACAAGUGUCGCCUGACCUCAGCACGCGGACGUGGACUUCGCGGCCGAAAGGACCAUAUCGACCGUUCCGUGGUGACUGUGUCGUGCGUUUCUCUGCAAGCAAGCACUGCACGUCUGAAUCGCACCUGCCGCGGAGCAUGGUCAACAAAGACUGAUCAGCACUGCGCCUGUGUGCGCCCACAAACAGAGCCGAAGCUGCACACAAUUCCUCAAAGACAUCUGUUUGUUUAAAAGACCUCCGUGGGCUCAGGAGGCUGCUGCUGCAGGAGAAGGUUUGCGUGCACGAAAUGUGAAGUGCCUGCCAGGUUUAAUUAUAACACGCUUGCUUGCGCUUCUUUUUGCUCGGAUAUCCAAUACUAGAUCCUGCAGCUGCUCGAGAGACGAUCAGGCCUUCAUCGAUCCUUUAGUGAUCUAAAAAUAAUAACACAAUCUAAACACAAUCACACGUCCCGGUAAGACCAGUUUGACGGUCACCGUCAGCAGUCCCGGGGGUUCGAUGUCCCCAUAAAAUAAUAAAUAAUAAUAAUAAAAAUAAUAAACACAGCAGCAUGUGGGUCACUCCCGAAGAUGUGUUACUUGCUGGCGCGUUAUGGAUCACCGAGAGAGCGAACCCGUAUUUCAUCCUCCAGAAACGGAAGGGCCACGGGGAUGGAGGCGGAGGACUGGCGGGUUUGCUUGUUGGGACCUUGGAUGUUGUUCUGGACUCGAGCGCUCGGAUGGCCCCGUACAGGAUCCUCUACCAGACUCCUGACUCUUUAGUUUACUGGAUCAUUGCUCAUGGAACCUCCCGCAAAGAGAUCACAGAGCACUGGGAGUGGCUGGAACAUAACCUGCUGCAGACUCUCUCCAUCUUUGAGAAUGAGAAUGACAUUACCACGUUUGUCAAAGGAAAGGUCCAGGGUAUCAUAGCGGAGUACAACAAGAACCACGAUGUCAAAGAAGACGAUGACACAGACAAGUUCAAGGAGGCUAGCGCUAAGUUUCGUAAACUGUUUGGGAUGCCCGAAGAGGAGAAGCUGGUCAACUAUUACUCCUGCAGCUACUGGAAGGGGAAGGUGCCUCGGCAGGGAUGGCUCUACCUCAGCAUCAACCACCUCUGCUUCUAUUCGUACUUGCUGGGGAAAGAAGUCAAAAUGGUGGUGCGUUGGGCAGAUAUCACGCAGCUGGAGAAGAGCGCCACCCUUCUUCUGCCUGAUGUGAUCAAGGUGAGCACGCGUACCAACGAGCACCUCUUCUCCGUCUUCCUCAACAUCAACGAGACUUUUAAGUUAGCGGAGCAGCUGGCCAACAUCGCCAUGCGGCAACUGCUCGACAACAAAGGCUUUGAGCAGGACCGCUCGCUGCCCAAGCUGAAGAAGAAAUCACCCAAGAAGGUCUCAGCACUCAAGAGAGAUCUGGAUGCGAGAGCUAAGAGCGAGCGCUACAGAGCGCUCUUCCGUCUGCCCAAAGAUGAAAAACUGGACGGUCACACAGACUGCACCCUGUGGACUCCCUUUAACAAGAUGCACAUCCUGGGACAGAUGUUUGUGUCCACCAACUACAUCUGCUUCACCAGCAAGGAAGAGUCGCUGUGUAGCCUCAUCAUCCCCCUACGGGAGGUGACCAUCGUGGAAAAAGCAGACAGCUCCAGUGUGCUGCCCAGCCCGCUCUCCAUCAGCACCAAGAAUCGCAUGACCUUUCUGUUUGCUAACCUGAAAGACCGAGACUUCCUGGUGCAGAGACUAUCCGACUUCCUGCAGCAAACCACCUCUAAGACUUACCUGGAAAAAGAACUCACUAGCAGCCUGAACAGCUCAGAUGAUGAGGUUUACUCCCAGCAUGGAUCCCUGCUGUCCAGCAGCCCUCAGCACAGUCUGGGCUCAGAAGGCGAGCGUAAAUUUAACCUGAACGACAGCAGCGUGCCCACAGCCACACAAGCCCUCAUGACCAUGUAUCGUCGCAAUUCCCCGGAAGAGUUUAAUCCGAAGCUGGCGAAGGAGUUUCUGAAAGAGCAGGCAUGGAAGAACCACUUUACCGAGUACGGACAGGGGGUGUGUAUGUACCGCACAGAGAAGACGAAGGAACUCGUUCUCAAGGGGAUUCCCGAGAGUAUGAGGGGAGAGCUCUGGCUGCUUUUCUCCGGAGCGAUCAACGAGAUGACCACCCACCCUGGAUAUUACGAAGACCUGGUGGAGAAAUCGAUGGGCAAAUACAACCUGGCAACAGAGGAGAUUGAGCGGGACCUGCACCGCUCUUUACCCGAGCACCCAGCCUUCCAGAACGAGAUGGGCAUCGCUGCCCUGCGCAGGGUCCUCACUGCCUACGCGUUCAGAAACCCCAACAUCGGAUACUGUCAGGCCAUGAAUAUUGUUACGUCGGUGUUGCUGCUUUACGCUAAAGAAGAGGAGGCUUUUUGGCUGCUAGUGGCGCUCUGUGAGAGGAUGCUGCCUGACUACUACAAUACCAGGGUUGUGGGAGCUCUGGUCGAUCAGGGUGUGUUCGAGGAGCUGGCCCGUGAGUACAUUCCUCAGCUCUACGACUGCAUGCAGGACCUUGGUGUCAUCUCCACUAUUUCGCUCUCCUGGUUCCUCACCCUCUUCCUGUCCGUCAUGCCGUUCGAGAGCGCGGUGGUGGUGGUCGACUGUUUCUUCUAUGAUGGAAUCAAAGUCAUUUUUCAGCUGGCGCUCUCCGUGCUGCACGCCAACAUCCACCAGCUGCUGGGCUGCAAGGACGAUGGGGAGGCCAUGACCGUACUGGGGAGGUAUCUGGACAGUGUGACCAAUAAGGACAGCACCCUCCCUCCCAUCCCUCACUUGCACUCUUUACUCACAGACAAUGGAGAACCACACCCAGAGGUGGACAUCUUCAAACUCGUGCGCAGCUCCUACGAGAAAUUUGGCUCCAUUCGUGCCGACGUGAUUGAACAGAUGCGUUUCAAACAGAGACUGAGGGUCAUCCAAACCAUCGAGGAUACAACUAAACGCAAUGUGGUCAGAACCAUUGUAACAGAGACUGACUUCAGUAUCGAUGAGUUGGAGGAGCUCUACGUGCUCUUCAAGGCGGAGCACCUAACCAGCUGUUACUGGGGCGGCAGCAGCAACCCCACAGAGCGCCAUGACCCCAGCCUGCCGUACCUGGAGCAGUACCGCAUCGACGUGGAGCAGUUUAAGGGUCUCUUCAACCUGCUGUUCCCUUGGGCCAAUGGAGCCCAUUCGGAGCCCCUGGCUGUACGCUUCUUCCGUCUUCUUGACCAAAACGCAGAUGCCCUCAUCAACUUUAGAGAGUUUAUCACCGGUUUGGGUGUUCUGUGUCACGGGGACCUCACUGAGAAGCUAAAGCUGCUCUACAAGAUGCAUGUCCUCCCUGAAAUGACUCAUGAACAGGAAGAACCCGACUCUGCAUUUGAAGCCACUCAGUACUUCUUUGAAGACAUCACUCCGGAAACAUCCGUCGGCCAUGACUCAAAGUGCAGAAAUGAGAAGGAUGAUGGUUUUGUCAGAGUGACAUUCAAAACUGAGAAAGUGAAGAAACUGAACACUCCUGAUUACCGCCAUUACCUGAAACUGUGGAACCAGGAGAUGAGACCUAAACGGGAAAACACAAAAGACCUGCCGAAACUGAACCAGAGCCAGUUCAUCGAGCUUUGCAAGACCCUUUACAGCAUGUUCAGUGAAGAUGUGGCAGAGCAAGAGCUCUAUCACGCUACAGCAACGGUCACCAGUCUGCUGCUGGAAAUGGGAGAGGUGGGAAAGCUCUUCUCCUCCUCUUUCAGAAAGGACCACAACCAGGAGGGGAACUCGGAGCCGAGCGUGUGCAUGAGAGACGUUUUAGAUCCUAAAGGCACCCAGGAGGUCCAGGAGCUUGGGGACAUUUUUGUCCCUGCAGGUCUUGAGAAUAAGCCGAGCCCCUGUGAGGAGGGAAAGGGGGAUGAAGACAGCGAGCAGCUGCCCCCUAUGCAAGACAUCAAGCUUGAGGACUCGUCCCCUAAAGACACGGCCACUUCCUCGGCUAUGCUCAUCUCAGACGACGAAACCAAAGAUGACACUUCAAUGUCAUCUUACUCGGUGCUCAGCGCGGGCUCUCACGAGAUGGACGAGAAGCUGCAGUGCGAGGACAUCGCGGACGACACAGUGCUGGUGCGCAGCGACGGCGGCUCCAACGGCGAGAGAAGCAACCGGCCUCUCGGCGGGGGGCCUCACGACAGAGGCCUGCCUCACAGCACGAGCAUCGACAAAGACUGGGCCAUCACGUUCGAGCAGUUCCUGGCUUCCGUCCUCACCGAGCAGGCUCUCGUGCGGUACUUUGAGAAGCCAGUGGACGUGGCCGCUCGCAUAACCAACGCCAAGAAUGCCAAGAAAGUCGGGCGCCCCCUGUUGUCAACAAGUGACUAUGAGAUCUCGCUGUCUGGGUGAGGAGUUAUCACUAAAGAACUGUCCUAAAAGGAAAACAAGAGUAUAAAUCAGUGGUGUUUUGUAAGGAGAAUGAAGGUAAGCGUGUGUGUGUGUGUGUGUGUGUGUGUGUGUGUGUGUGUGUGUGUGUGUGAGUAAUAGCUGAAUGAAUGGGACCAAAACUUCUCUUAGCAAUGUAUUUUAAAAUAAAUUAAAGACUUUUACAACAAUCACUAGACUCUGUCCAGCUGAGAAGGAACAGAACAUGCAUAUUACGGUUCGCUCAGAUGAAAUCCACGUGUACGUCGUAGCUGUACUUUAUAAAAUAUCACGCAUAGGUGUUAAUACUGUAAUCUCUAUUACUCUUAGGCUAUGUAGAUGUAAAUGUCAGUACAGUUCCAAACUGGGACAUCAAUAGUCUGCAGUGCGUAUGAUCACCUAAUGUUAUAUCCGAUCAAACUUGUUGCUUCCUUACUUUACGAAUUCCAUUGGCUGCUAAUGAAAACAUUUCUUUGUUUCUCAGUGGAUGAAAAUGUGAAAAACACAAAAGAAAACCCAUGAAAAUUCAUAAGAGUGAUUUUCUUUCCUGGGUUUCCAUGUAAACUCUUUUCAGCACCUCUAUAAAUUUAACACAGUGUGUCACUUUGGCAAAUUUCGUAUGCAUAUUUGUAUUUUCUGUGAUGUUAACUUUCAAAAUACGGUCCUUUUAAAAGCCCCGGUUCAUUUUAUCCAGUUAUAAUAACUAGUAGGAACCAACCUGUAUAAUUAAACUAAUAAAAAUAAUGAUGGGGAAAGGAGAAAAAUGAUCCACAUAAACAGUUUUUCUUUCUUUCUUUUUUUUUUCUUUUUUAAUUAAGAAGACAUCCAGUCAUGCCUCGUUACUACAGACAAAAGUGUUGGUCGAUGGUUCAGGAAAUCAAAAAAAGUUGUGUGUUCAAGGAAAAUGAUUAGUACACUAAAAUGCCGUUAAGAGCCUGCACACUCUUUAUGUUUACAGCAAAAUCCACUAAGAUAUGUUUCCUUGCCUUCAGGCUAGCUGUUUUGUUUUUGCUUUUUUAAAACUUUUUUUAUCUUUAUGCUCUGUACAUUUUUACAUUGCUUUUUUUUUUUUUAAAUUAAAGUUGUUUUUUGUGAAUACUUUCAAUUGUAAACGCCCAGUGUUUAAUUUAUUACUCUGGGUUCUGAUGCAUUGUAUAUCACUCCAUCCUAUUAAAGUUACAGUUUGAAUGGUUCAAUGCUGCACAGUAAAA